UGUGAACGAGGAAGUGGAAUCAGACGUCACUUCCUCCAAACAACUCUUGGACUAUUUUCUUGAGAAAUGGUUGAUUUUGCGUAUCUAAUUGGGUUGUUCCAGUGUAACAUGCUUCCACUUUGCCAGGCGCAGCGCUAAAAGAGUCGUCUUGCGGGUCACUUUGUGGCAGCAAACUUUGACUUCGUACUGGUUUUGAAUCGCCAAGUGUAAAUAUUGUGACUAGUAAACAAAGAUGAUGGAAGUGGCCUUGAAAGGCAGAGCCAAGAGGCGACAUUUGAAUGCAGAAGAGCUGGCAAGAAGUGCAGAAGGAGUCCAAGUCCUCAUCCAUCCUCGAAACACAACAACAACCUGCAACCUGCAGCCAGGGACAACUGCCAAGAGAAGGAAAUAUGCAGGAGGGGUGUGCACCUACGAGCAGCAAUCAGCAGAGGACAGCAUGGAGGACGAGGACUGGAGCCCAGCUGCCGAGGAGAGGCAGUCUGACCCCGAGGAGAUGGACUAUUUGGAGGGAAUCACGGCGGAGAUGUUCGAUGACGAGUUUGAUGGUUCUGAUGGCACGGUGCCGGAGGUGGAGCCUCUGCCCGACGCCACCUACGGGCUCCUGGGCAGCAGUAAGGAACUGCAGCAGCCGCAGGGUCACAUCCACGACCUCCCUGAGGAGGUGCUGAGCCAGGUCCUCAGCCUCCUCCCUGCCCAGGACCUCUACAGGAGCGCCGUGCUGGUCUGCCAGCGCUGGCGCAACAUGGUGGAGGACGGCAAGUUCAUGCCCUACAAGAAGAGGUACUACCGCUACAUGAUGGAGGAGGAGGACACGGUCUCCCACGUCACCGUCUCUCUCAAGAACUGUGGCAUACUUCUUCCAGAGGUGUCACCGCUCGGCAUCCGAAACCUUGUCAUUUCAAUGGCACACCAUAGGUUUGGUGAGAGAGUGCAUCCAGAAGACGUCCUGGGGUGUGUGAAGAAACAUCGCCUUUUCCCGCACGCCGAGGCCUCCAUUAGGUUACGCAUCCGUAAUGUUCCCAAGUGCAAACACCUUGAGACUGAGGCUCCCAACCCCUUUGCAGCCAUGGCGGUGAUCCUGCUCCUGGCUGAGAGCGUGGCUGACGUGCAGACUUUGGUGUCUUUACUGAGUGGCGUGGUGUCACACCUGGCCAUCACAGAGUACCUCAGCCACAUGGCCAUGUUGUUGCUGGCAGCCAGGAGGAACCGAGUGAAGAUCAGUGACAGAUUGCAUUACAACAUCUACUAUGUGCUUCAUCUGAUGGAGAAUGGACCCUUUUCUAUCAGCGCCUCACCUGGCAGGGCCGCUGACAUGACCAUGACGUCCGAGCAGCUGCACAUCCUCAGCCACCACAUCCAGAAGGAGCACACGGUGAAGAUUGUGGCCUUUGCAGGAACGGGGAAGACCACCACCCUGGUGAAAUACGCCGAACAGCGGCCACACCUCCGCUUCCUGUACGUGGCCUUCAACAAGUCGGUGGCCAGGGAGGCUUUGCAGCGCUUCCCCCGGAACGUGGACUGCAAGACCGUCCACUCUCUGGCCUACAGAGAGACCGGCAGGAUGUACCAAAAGAAGCUGGCCUUUAACCUGGACGCCUUCUCCAUCAACGGGGUCCUGCCCGAGGGCCGGGGGGGAUUCACCAAGUCCAAAGUGAUCGCCAACACUCUCAACAACUUCAUGGCUUCAACGGACGAGACCAUCACGGUGGCUCACGUGCCGCCCAAGCAUGUCAGUCUUCGAGGCCUGGUCAAGUCUAUACCCGAGGAGGAAAAACUGUUGUACGUCCAAGAUGCGCAGAGGAUUUGGAGCAAAAUGAAGGACGUCAAGGAGACGGACAAAAGAGCCUAUCACAUGAUUCACGAUGGUUACCUCAAGCUAUGGCAGCUGAAAGGCUCAGCAACCUGCCUCUCUGACCAAUACGACGUCCUUCUCAUCGACGAAGCCCAGGACUGCACUCCAACCAUCAUGGACGUGCUGUUGAAACAAAAAUGUGCCAAAAUGGUGGUGGGAGAUCCUCACCAGCAGAUUUACACCUUCAGAGGAGCGGUGGAUGCGCUGACCACUCAGCACACACACAUCUACUACCUAACACAGAGUUUCCGCUUUGGGGCAGAGAUCGCCUACGUGGGUGCCAGCAUCCUCAAGGUGUGCAAACAAGUCCACAAGAUUCUGGUGGGAGGACGACAGGAAGGGGGUGUGUUUGACCAUAAGGCCGCCCAGGCUGCUCAAGAUGUAGCAAGUGGCAAGACUCCUGGCAAGGGGAAAAGCGCCAUCUUGUCCAGAACCAAUCUAACCAUGUUCAUUGAAGCCGUGCGCUUGACCGAGGUCAACACAAAGUGCAGCAUCCACUUUGUAGGCGGUGUGGACAACAUUGGCUUGAAUAAGAUCAAAGACAUUUGGUACCUGAUGGAAGGCAAAGACAACCUGAUCAAGGACCACCUGGUUUGGUGCUUUUCCAGGAUCAAAAAAGAAAACCCCUUCGAGGCCCUGAAGACCUACGCCGUGCACACGGAGGACCGCGACCUGGAGGCCAAGCUGAGCAUUGUGGAGAAAUACCGAUGUCGCAUCCCUGACUUGGUGAAGCGCCUCAACAAGCACUCGGAACCAAACGCCAAGAAUGCAGACUUCAUCCUGUCCACGGUCCACAAGGCCAAAGGUCUAGAGUUUGACACGGUGAUAGUCACGGACGACUUUGUGGAGGUGCCGUGCUCCAGUCACUACCGCAAGCAAUUCAACUUUUCCUUCGAUCAGAUUCCCAGUGACGAGUGGAACCUGCUCUACGUGGCGGUGACUCGGGCCAAACGCACACUCGUCAUCACUAAGAACAUCCGCCGCAUCAUCACCUACGCUGGCGAAUACUUCUUAAAGUCGGAGAUGCCCGGCCCCCCCCCGCUGCAGGGGCACCAGACGGCGCCAUGCAUGUACCCCAACUGUCUCAACUGCCUCACGCCUGGCGCCGCCUUCACCAUGCACAAGAGGACCAUGACAUUUACGGGCAGCUUGGUGUCCACGGGGGGUCCGCUCUGUGAGAGGUGUGUGUGGACCCGCGUGGGCCUGGUGGCUUACCUCAUGACCGACGACGUGUCCUCCAUGGCCGUGUUUCCACCGGGGCCUUUCUUCCCCGUCGUCCUUCACAUGCCCUUCUGACUUUGUCCCAGGGAGGACAUUUCCAGUGACAGAAUGAUUCACUCAUUCACACCACAGAGACCAUACAUGUGAGUAACACUUUAACAAUCACACAAUUGUUUGUGUUUGUGGUCAAUUCAACUUUGUAUACGGAGGAGUAGACACACUUUUUCUAUUGAGGAGCGACCACACAAAAUCAUCUUUUUUGACAGACUUCAAGCAUUUGUAAUGAAAUGAACACAUCAACUCUGCUGUACAUAUUUCUGAUGAUCAGGUUCUUAUCUAACAAAAUAUUGCCUGUAAAGUUGUUGUUUCCAAUAAACUGCUGGAAAAAC